UUACGCUUCGACGAAGAUCAGAAUUUCAUCAGCGUGUUGCACAUGUGAAUCAAGGUUGUGGAACCUCAUUAAAUAAUUGUAAUUUAUAGAAAAACAAAAUAUAUUAGAAACAAAAUGCUUACCGCCGCUAGAUUAUCGUCAUAUCAUUUAAAAAGUAAAUCAACCUGCUUCAGAAAUCUGUCACAAGGUCGAAGUUUAUCAGAAGGGUUAAAAUUGGGAUCAUGGAGCUUAUCCAAUCAACAAAUACAUCACCAGCGGUGUUACUCGUCAGAAGGAGGAGUACGAGGAGCCGUUGUUGGAAUCGACCUUGGUACAACAAAUUCCUGUGUGGCCUUAAUGGAAGGAAAAGCAGCCAAAGUUCUUGAAAAUGCAGAAGGCGCACGAACAACGCCCUCAGUGGUGGCAUUUACACCAGAAGGCGAGAGACUUGUAGGAAUGCCUGCUAAACGCCAAGCAGUAACAAAUUCAAAAAACACACUGUACGCUACAAAGAGGUUAAUAGGUAGACGAUUCGAAGAUCCAGCAACGCAAAAAGAUAUGAAAUCAGUAGCAUAUGACAUAGUCAAAGCCAGCAAUGGUGAUGCCUGGUUAUCAGCACAUGGUAAAAUGUAUUCACCGAGUCAAGUUGGAGCUUUUGUACUGGUCAAAAUGAAAGAAACUGCAGAAAGUUACUUGGGACAACCAGUCAAAAAUGCAGUCAUCACAGUGCCAGCCUAUUUCAAUGACUCACAGAGACAGGCAACAAAAGAUGCAGGUCAGAUUGCAGGAUUAAAUGUGUUGCGUGUUAUAAAUGAACCAACAGCAGCAGCUCUUGCAUAUGGUUUAGACAAGGCUGACGACAAAAUUAUUGCUGUUUAUGACCUCGGUGGUGGUACCUUUGAUAUUUCAAUCCUGGAAAUCCAGAAGGGUGUAUUUGAGGUCAAGUCAACGAAUGGUGACACAUCACUCGGAGGAGAAGACUUUGACAACACGCUUCUUAACUUCUUGGUUUCAGAAUUCAAAAGAGACCAAGGGAUUGAUAUUACUAAGGAUAAUAUGGCACUGCAGCGACUGAGGGAAGCUGCCGAGAAAGCGAAGAUCGAGUUAUCUUCCGCACUCCAAACAGAUGUGAAUCUGCCGUACCUGACAAUGGAUGCCACCGGCCCCAAGCAUAUGAAUCUGAAGCUGUCCAGGGCGAAAGUGGAAUCGCUUGUCGACGGCCUCAUCAAAAGGACAGUUGAACCAUGCAAAAAAGCAAUGCAGGAUGCAGAAGUGUCUCGUGCGGAUAUCAAAGAAGUGCUAUUGGUCGGUGGCAUGACGCGUAUGCCAAAGGUGCAAGAAACAGUGCAACAGGUAUUUGGUCGUCAACCAAGCAAGUCUGUAAACCCAGAUGAAGCCGUUGCUAUGGGCGCUGCAAUCCAAGGUGGAGUGCUUGCCGGUGAUGUCACUGAUGUGCUGUUGUUGGACGUGACUCCUCUGUCUCUAGGAAUCGAAACUCUAGGUGGCGUUUUUACAAAGCUGAUCAACAGAAACACAACUAUCCCAACAAAGAAGUCGCAGGUGUUCUCCACAGCAGCUGAUGGGCAGACACAAGUAGAAAUCAAAGUGCACCAGGGCGAGCGUGAGAUGGCAGCAGACAACAAGCUCCUUGGUCAAUUUCAAUUGGUUGGUCUCCCACCAGCUCCAAGGGGGGUUCCUCAGAUUGAAGUAAGUUUUGACAUCGACGCCAAUGGAAUCGUCAAUGUAUCGGCUCGAGAUAAGGGGACUGGAAAGGAACAACAGAUUGUUAUCCAAUCAUCUGGUGGGUUAAGUAAGGAUGAGAUUGAAAACAUGGUAAAGAAUGCAGAGAAAUACGCUGAAGAGGACAAAAAGAGGAAGGAAAAAGUUGAAGUUGUUAACCAGGCUGAGAAUAUCAUUCAUGACACAGAGGCUAAAAUGGAAGAAUUUAAAGAACAGUUACCAACAGAAGAGUGUGACAAACUGAAAGAAGAAAUUCAAAAGGUGAAAGACCUGCUUCAGAAAAAGGACACAGAGGACUCUGAAAGCCUUAGACAGGCUUCAUCAGCUCUUCAGCAAGCCUCAUUAAAGCUUUUUGAAAUGGCCUACAAAAAGAUGGCUUCAGAGAAGGACCAAUCAGGGGGUGGCAGUGAGGCAAGUAGCGAAGGAAGUAGUGAAACUAAUGAUAGUAGCCAACAAGAAGAAAAGAAAGAGAACUAAAGAUGAAAAAAAAGUAUUGAUCAUGUUCGCUGGGAUGUUGAAUAUAACUAACCAGAAAGUGCUUAUUGAGGAAACACAAGAAUGUUUUCUUGUAGAGAUUUGUUGUGAAGCCUGUGGGCAAAAAAACAUACCCAUGAGCACAGUUCAAUUCUAUACUGUAUGGUAAAAUGGUUUGUAGUCGGUGUAUUCGAUAAGAUGACUUUUGUUAAAUUGUACAGUUUAAGAAACUAAUAUAAAUUCAAUUGUCCAAUAAUCCAACCGAGAGACCCCCAUCGGGGACAGGAGUUGAAUAUUUUAAUUUCAUAAAAAGUGUCUGUUGGUGUAAAUAAAACAUGCUGAUAGUGGAUUUUAUCAGGCCCCUAACCAGGGAUGGGGAGGUGUUCCCAACCCUCUUCAAGUAAACCCACCUCCCAUCAAAAAGACUCCCAUGAAAGGAAUCCUGGUUACAGGGACUGUUUAUUAACUUUAAUCAUAAUAUAUUAGUUGUAUAUCAUUACAGAUAUCUUAUAAAUAAUUAACAGUACAGGACACACAAAUUGGAAAUGCUGAAAAAAAUACUGUUGGCCUCAGAAAUUUCAAAUAAAAUUUGUUGAAAAGGUUCAGAAA